AUGAAGUCAAUCCUCCCUCUCACCCUCCUCCCCCUUCUCCCUUUGAUCCACGCAGCACCCGCGCUACCGAAGCGGGAUGGAAACCCACCGCUACGCGGAUCCGAAGAUCUUCUUGGAUACUCGCCGGGAAACACCUUGACGGGACAGACGACCGAAGACAUCGAGUAUACACUGGUGCCCGGACAGACCGAGGAUGCGGAUAUUGGGUCCUACCUCGACUUUAGCAACACCGAGAAUCCGCAGCCGAUUCGUGGUACUCUGGGAGGGACUGACCCUGGUCCACGAAACGUCGAGCUCGAUCGGCAGAACAGCGACAAGCUAGCACCGCCCGGAACAGAUCAUGGACAGACAAUCAACGCCAACUGGCCCAUGUCGCUCAGCAAAGCCAAAUUGGGGCUAGACGGCGCUGGAUGGUCGCGUCAAGAAAAUAUUGUCGUCAUGCCUGAUGCUACCAAGAUGGCAGGUGUUGACAUGAGACUCGAGGCCAACGCCUAUCGCGAACUGCACUGGCACUUGGCAGGCGAAUGGAGUCUGGUCUUGAACGGGUCUGCGCGCAUUCAGGCCAUCAACGAGGAUGGACAGACCUUCAUCGACGAUGUAACCGAGGGUGAUGUGUGGUUCUUCCCUCCGGGCGUUCCUCACUCGAUCCAAGCUCUCGAUGUGGGCGUUGAGUUUCUGCUUGUGUUUGACGACGGCUCGUUCUCCGAGGACAACACGUUCCUGGCGUCCGAGGUCUUUGCACACAACCCUAAAUCCGUCCUCAGCAAAAACUUCGACCUCCCCAUCUCCGCCUUCGACAACAUCCCCGACGGCGAACUCUUUAUCUUCCCCGGAACCCCCGCACCCACCGACAUCGAGCAGCAAAACGUCUCAACAGCAGCUGGACCCAUCCCCCACGAAGUGACCUACUCAUACCACUUCUCCGAACAGCCUGCACACGAGGUCGCUGGUGGAUCUGUCAAGAUUGUCGACCCACUCACAUUCCCAAUCGCAAACAACUUCGCCGCCGCCAUUGUAACCGUGCACCCCGGCGCGAUGCGCGAAGUACAUUGGCACCCAUCUAGCGACGAGUGGAGUUUCUUCAUCAGGGGCCGGGGCCGAGCGACCCUCCUCGAGGCACCCAGUACCGCGACGACAUUCGACUACCACCCGGGCGACGUCGCGUACUUUCCCAAGUCGCACAGCCACUACAUUGAGAAUACUGGCAACGAGGAUCUCGUGUUCCUCGAGGUGCUGCAGGCGGAUCAUUUCUCUGACAUCUCCCUCGGCCAAUGGCUCGGCUCCACGUCGAAGCAGAUUGUCGGUGAUACCCUGCGUCUGCCGCAGAGCGCUCUCGACCACCUCAAGUCGGACAAGCAGUAUGUUGUCGCUGGGUCAACGGAUUCCGGCACGGGCGCGGAUACAGGGUCCUCGAGCUCGUCCAGCGCUUCUGUUGCGACGGGUACCACUCUCGCGGCGACUUCGACGAUUGUCUCUACCCCGACUGCCACGCCGCGGAGGUAG